CUAAUAAAGCGUUUCACAUUAAGGGAGUUGUUAUUGACCCAAUUGAGAUUCAUCACGUAGAUGGUGAUAAUUUCGCCACUUGUCGAUGUCGCGUGUGUGGAACGAGCAUGUAAUGACGGUGUUCGUUUUAGCCUUCCUUGGUCCGUUCAACUGCCCCAGUUGCCAGAAGCAGUACGCUCGGAAGUCCUCUCUGAGAAACCACCGGCAGUUCGAGUGCGGCAAAGAACCCACGUUCUUCUGCGACUCUUGCCCGUACAAGACUAAGAUCAAAGGGAACUUUCGCCGCCACACUCGUACUCAUCACAACGUUGUAUUUUGAUCCUAGCCAAUAAAAUCUUGCCGCUAUUACCUCUUUCACUUUGUUAGGUAGAGGCCUGUUUAUAUUUAUAAGUACGCGAUGGGGCUCGUUUACCCCUGCACCAGAUGUGGGAAACCGUACAAGUCCAGGAAAGCGAUGAUGACGCAUUUAAAGUUCUCCUGCGAGAAUCAUCGCAGCUUCUUGUGCGGCUUGUGCAACGCUGCUUAUUUUUACAAGCACCACUUGCAGAGGCACAUGAAGCAGCACCAGAAUGUCUAUAAGUAGUAGAAUACUCUUGUUUUUGUGAUAUAGCGUUUUGCCAAAUAAACGAUGUCUUGGUGUCUUCACCGACAGUUUUACUCUCAAACUAAAAAAAAAAAAAACGAAAAAGUUGGAUGGUGUAGUGUUAAUUGUUGUUUCCUUGUAGGUUUUUGUUUACAAAGGAGGCCCAGAGGUCUGGGGGAGUUUCAGUGUCAGUGCGGGCGGAGUUACUACGAAAGAAAAAAUUUGCUGAGGCAUUAUCGCUACAAAUGUUCUGCUAGUAUUUUGUACAACAAUAACAAAGACGAAAAUACUUAGUUCAGUGUUCAACUAGUAGGUUUUAGUGACGACCAAACAAAGCGACGUAAAAAGGUCCUGCCUACGCUUUCUGAAGUGGUGAAGAAGUUGGAGGUGUUCAAAGGAACUGAAAACGUCCAACCUACGGACGUCUACCCUUGUCCGGAAUGCGGCCGUCUCUAUAAGCUUCGCAGUUCCUUGAGAAACCACAUCAAGUGGGAGUGCGGCAAAGAGCCCCAAUUCAACUGUCCUCACUGUUCCUACAAGGCCAAGCAAAAGAUGCACGUGCGCAGACACAUCGCCAGAUUGCACGAACGCAACGACUAUGACCUUGAAGCCUACGAUUCUCUGCUGGUGCAGAUCCACGAGUAGCGACGGGUCGUACUUAAGUGCCUUAAUCUUAUUUGUUCCUUGAAUCAUUCCAUGACUAUUUUAAUUUUGUAACGCAACUCUUAAUAAAGCUGUAUUUUUGAUGCGACUAGUACUUGAUUUAUGACCCUCGUGACGCUUGUGCCUUCCGUUAUUCACCCGUCUGUUUUUAGGGAGAAGACACACCUGCGCCACUUGCCUGAGGUCCUACAAGAACCUGACCACCCUGCGUCGUCACAUCCGGCUCGAGUGCGUCAACGUUUACCCAAAAUUUCAGUGCGACAUUUGUUUGCGACUCUUCCGCCACCGGCACUCCAUGCAGCGCCACAAAAUCAAUCACUUACAGCCAUAAUCCUGUACUUGUUGUAGUCUUUGUCCCGCAACUUCCGAAUAAACCAUUCUAACUUGCGUCGUCUCUUUUUCCAGAGCCCCCGAAAGUCGAAUGCGCCAAAUGCGGCAAGUUUUUCAAGAACCACAACAGCUGGAGGGUCCAUUACUACUUAGACUGCGCGAAACAAGUGUCGUUUUCAUGUACGCUCUGCGACAAUGCGGUCUUCAAGCGCAAGUUUACCCUCAAGAAGCACUACAUUGUCAAGCACGGCCUCAUGGAGAAUAAAAUCAGGGCGCUUUUAGGCAUCUACAGUUAGAAUUUGUAACGUGGUCGUAAUAAAGUGGAUAGUCGAUACGAGUGUUUUUUUUAGCACGGGGGGGAGUGUGACUCGGUACUCACUCUGUUGUUUCCAGAUGCGAAACGAGCCAAAGUGGCGUGCCCCACCUGCGGCCGCUCGUUCAAAAACCAGAGCACUCUGCGGGCCCACGUGUCGCUCGACUGCGGCAAAAUGAAAACGUUCUCGUGUCCGUUGUGCACGUACGUGUCGAAAAGGAAGUACAACCUGAGGACCCACUACGUCGCCAAGCACGGCAUGGUGCUCAAAAGCAACCCGGCGCUCAACCCGCAGGAAACCGUUUCAUGAUCGUUUCGCUUGUCCUUUGCUUGCCAAAUAUAUUUUUAUCGCAGUUUGUUGUUUUUUCUUUCACGUUGUUGCGUCUUCGCCAAUAAUUCCGACUUUUCGUUUCAGAAAAGGUAACAUGUCACGUUUGCAACAAAAUUUUCAAAAACCACAACAGCUGGCGGGUGCACUUUUACAAUAAGUGCGGCAACGCCGACCAGAGGAGUGUGUGCAAGGUUUGUGGCGCGGAUUUCGAACGGAAGUACAGUCUGCGACGGCACUUGAUCAGGAUUCACAACUGGCCUAAAAGCGAAGCGGACGCCGCUUCGUACUGCAUACCUCGUUAUAGCCACAAUUAUUACUUGAAAUAAAAUUUUUCAUCGCCGAUGCGUUGUGUUUCUUUCGUCGACGUGUACUGACGGUUGUUGUUUCAGGAAAUGAGCAAGUGGUGUGUCACAAGUGCAGCAAAGUGUUCAAGAACCACAACAGCUGGAGGGUGCACUUUCACAACAUCUGCGGCGACAACACGAGCAGCGAGUGCUUCCUGUGCGGCGCGAAAUUCGCCAGGAAGUACGCCCUCAAAAGACACCUAGUGAGGGCGCACAACUACCGCCAAACCGUCAAACUGUGGUAGCUUUAACUGUAACUCUUGUAAUAAACGCACUAUUCGUAUUUUCUCAAAGCGACUUUAACCCUUGAUUCCGUACUGAUAAUACCCGUUUGUGUCGCCUGUGGGAAUGCGUUUGUCCGAAGCUUCGAAUGCCACGCCUGCCACAAAGCAUACAAGAACAAACGCACUCUGCACCGCCACGUCCACAACGAAUGCGUCACCGUGGCUCCUAAGUUUCGGUGUCCGCGGUGUGCGCGCUUGUUCAGAUACAAAUUCUCUCGUGACCGCCACUUGUCCCAUUAUUGCAAAACAACACAGUCUGCAAGCCCUAAUUAAACUAAGACAAUUGCAGGUGUGUUCGCCGCUCCUUUGUACUACCACCAAGUGUCCGUGUUGAAGCAGCGUCGGCGGUGUCACGGCUGCUACGCCAAAAUCAAAGAACACAGCGGACGACUGGAAGCCCAGAGGAAAGCCAAACUCACCCAUCUGCACUGUCCCUCAUGUAACCGAUACUUUUGUACAAGUUGUUUCUUUCUAACGCACCAACCCUUUCAAUAAACACUGCUCAUUGUAGUCGAGUUGUUUGUGUUCUCCUUCGAUUCAGAAGUGUCUGUGGUUGCUCGAAGGUGUUUGUUUCAGGGUUUAAGAAGACGGUGCUGGAGUAUUUGGCGCAACAUAGCGUGAUGUUGAAUGAGUUGUUACGGACGAGUCGGAGAGUGCACCACGACGCGAUGGUGUGUCCCGAGGACGUGCCAAAAUUCCCGAUUCAGACGCUAGAGGAGUUCCAGAGUUUCAACGCGCGGUUGGAGAAGAACCCAUUGCUGGGGGAGUACAUGGUGGCGCGCCUGGCAGCUGUAGGUGGUUCGGGGGUAGAGUCCCUCACCAGACGCAUCAUGAAAUUCUUGAUCAGCAACGAAGUCGCGAUUUUGUACAACUGGAAAGGCCGCGAUAAACUCUCCUUCGAGCGGACGUACGUCAUGAACGUCAUUUACGAGGCGGCUAAAGUGAACUUCGCCAAAGGCGAGAAAAACGACAUGGCCGUGGCCAAUUCGGUCAAGCUUUGGCUAAAGUUCGCCAAGACGAGAAUCAUGAACUCGCACAAGAAGCUGGCCAAAGUAGACGUUCCACUGUAGACUUGUAGUAUUGUAAUCAAUAAACCGUUUUGUUGACUGGCUGUGUGUUUAGUAGACCAGAGUCCGUACACUUGUAAUUUGUGCGUCAAGUCCUACAAGCACAAGCAGUCUUUGAACAACCACCAGAAGUACGAGUGCGGGAAGGCGCCGGCGUUCCCGUGCGGCGAGUGCACCUACAAAGCCAAGCGCAAGAGCCACUUGAUGAGGCACAUGAAGCGUCACAAAUUACUCGCGCUUUGAAUAAAGUGUGAAGCAGCGGUGUGGGGACUACCGGCUUCCGGUGCCAAUUUUGUUCGAGGCGCUACAAACACAACACUAGUCUUCGCCGCCACCAGACUCACGAGUGCGGCAAAGACCCCAAGUUCGAGUGCGAUUAUUGCGGGAAAAAGUUCGCCCAUAAGUUUUCGAUGGCGGCGCACGCCGCCACCCAGCACCUAACCCACUAACCCAACUAAUCAAUUGUUAACCCUCGGACAAUAAAUCUUUUCCUAAAGAGUGUUGUUUUACUGAGUGUUCCUCAAGUCCAGUUCGCUUUCAUGACCGGCGUGUAUGUUUUAGGUGACCCCAAAGCCAAAUUCGAGUGCCGCUUCUGUCGCAAGACGUACAAACACUACGCCAGCCUCUGGCGCCACAUAAAACACGAGUGCGGCAAAGAACCCCAGUUCGAGUGUACGUUGUGCGGGAAAAAGUUCACCCAAAAGUCGUCCCUCACCUCGCACAUCGGGCUAAAACACGCCGCCAUUUGGAGCUGAUUUUUUGUUGUGUUGUUUGUCUGAAUAAAGAUUUAGUUGAUCUGACUCUUGUUUUUACUCAGAAGUGUACAUAGUGCACCUGCGUAAGUCCAACACUAAUUCGGUUCUUUUCAGAGUUUAAAUGCUCGGAUUGCGACAAGUCGUACAAAAACAAAGCCUCUCUAAGCCGACACGUCAGGUACGAGUGUGGCCCCGAACACAAAUUCAAAUGUAUUUACUGUUACAAAGCGAUGAAGCAAAAGUACGACCUGAAAAAACACGUGAGGAGGCGCCACCCCGAACGGGCGCUCGAGUUCGAGUCGAUUUAUAAAGAUUUAUAUAAAACUGUGUUUUAUGUUUAGGGGUCGUUACUCACACAAGAUUGUUAAGUGCAUUUAUUUCGUCCAAUAAAAGUAAUCACGUUGUAUCCCUUUUGUUACACUGACUCCGCCCAUUCGGUACCACGUGAGUAUGUUCCAACCAAUCAGAUGUUAGUGACGUAGUGUGUGACGUAUUCAUUCGAAUUUUGACACCAGGUAAAGUGAUCUGUUUCAGACGCGGAGCGAAUUUUUCACUGCGAACGCUGCUCCAAGUCGUACAAGAACCCAGAGACUCUUAGGCGCCAUCUUACGUACGAGUGUGGAAUCGAACCCCAGUUUGCGUGUAUUCAAUGCAACAGAAGGUUUAAGAGGAAGUUUCACUUGAUCAGGCAUUCGUUGAGUAGACACUAACCCUUGUUAAUUCAGUAAAAAUUAAUAAAAGCUUGUGGCGAAAUAAUUUUUCUUUGACCCGUAGUUGUGUCAAACGUAUGGGGAUUAAUCUCCGCUUUUUUUAGGGUGCGAAAAUGGGGGAUUCUUUUGUCGAGCUUGCGGCAAGUCGUACAAACACUACCCGAGUUUGUUUCGCCACUUGAAGAAGGAGUGUGGACAGAAUUUUAGAUUUUCCUGCGAGUUUUGCGGGAUUAAGUUUAUCCACGAGAGGGCGCUUAUCCGCCAUGUUAAAAAUAAACACCCGAACUGAUUAUAAUAGUUAUAAAGUUACAUAGUUUUAUAUAACGUUACUAUUUUCUUAUGGUUUGUAGGGAUGAUUUUAAAUGACUGAGUAAACUAUAUAGUUUGUUGUUUAGUCGAGUUUCUCUAGACUGAUUUGUGUAUGCUUUGUGCGUUCGACUGAAGGAAAGAAGGCGUAACGACAUCCUUCAUCUCUCCAGUGCCACAGCCAACCCGGCGAUGUCGUUAUCCCUUCGCAGCGCAUGCCACUCUCCUCAUUUUACCUCUCUCUUUUUCAGGCCUCGACUUUCCGCGCUACUCGUGCGCGAAGUGCGGCAAAACGUACAAACACAAGACGCACCUGAAGCGUCACGUUAACUUCAUUUGCGAAAAGAAGCCGACGUUCACUUGCGAACCUUGCAAAUUUCAGACACACCGCAAGGACUCCCUGACGUCCCACAUGACGUCGCUCAGACACUACCACAUCGUGUCUGGAACUAAACCUAACUUGUAAAAUAACACGAAUAAAAACCUCCCAACCCA